CCUCAAUUAUUGCCCCCUUCGGUUCUUUCUUCCUCUUCUCCCCCCUUCUCUUCCUCCUCCGCUCUCGUCCUUCCUCUCCAUCUCUCCCUCCACUCCAUCCCCUCUUCUGCUGCUGCCGGAAUGGCCAUGGCCUCGUGGGUGAUGAUUGUUUUGGCGGUGGCGGCGGGUUGCGGCGAGGCGGCGGCGGAGAAGGCGGGGCCGACGGCGGCGGCGGAGGCGGCGCACGAGGUGCUGCAGACGCACGGGCUGCCGCGGGGCCUGCUGCCGACGGGGAUCUCGGCGUUCCGGCACGACGAGGCCACGGGGAAGUUCGAGGCGGCGCUGGAGGCGCCCUGCACGGCGCGGUCCGAGGUCGGGCUGCGGUACAACGCGACGGUUGCCGGGGAGAUCACCUACGGCCGGAUCGCCGCGCUCUCCGGGGUGGCCGCCAAGGACCUCUUCCUCUGGUUCGACGUCCGGAGCAUCAGCGUCGACGUGCCGUCCUCGGGCGUCAUCUACUUCGACGUCGGCGUCGUCUUCAAGCACUUCCCGCUCUCCUUCUUCGAGGCCCCGCCGCCCUGCACGCCCGACCCGCUCAUCAUCAUACAACAGAGGAGGGAAGACGGAUUAGUGGACGGAGGCGCGGCGUUGCGAAAAUAAUGGGGCCGGAUUUGAUCGGGGUGUUCUCGUCCUCAUCGUCGACAACGGAACCAGAAGCAGUUUUGAGACAAGUGAUGGAUCGGCCGGCGGCGGCCGGCUCUUGUGCAGAUAGACAGAGUGGUCAUUCAUUCCUUUUGUUUGCUUGCUCCUACUACUAGCUAGUAAAACCAUUCCUCGCCACCCUCAUCUCAAUCUGUUCUUCUUUGUUUGUCGUCGUUCUUGUCCGUGUCCGGUGCGGCCGAAAGCCGGAGCCACACGCACGGGCGGCAGGGGAGACCGGAAGCUUGCCGCCGAUCCUGCUGCUUGCGCCUCCCCGUGGCCAUAUUUUUCGCUGGUAAUGGAUGGUGCGUGUACAUGUCAAAAAAAUCUGUGAGUGAUGCGUCGCCAUAAUUAAAUUAGUCUUUCUCGGGGGCUCGAUCUGGAUGGAUCGAGUCGUAUCGUA